GUUGAAGACACCUUCCUCUUAGUAUGAAAAACUGCACGCCAAUUAGUAUACACGGUACGUUGGCAGCACGAUGAUUGAUAAAUCACUCGCCGGUUACUCUUGAUUACUGCCUUGAAAACCUUAACUUUACAUAACUUUCUAUAACGCGAUUGUAUACACAAAGAAAACUAUGUAGAAAAUAUAUUAUGGUGUGUUAUCAAAUAUCAGGGGAUAGAAAUAGAAGAAGCGAAGACAAAGUUGCGAAAGGAAAAUGACUGAAAAUGACUGAAAAUGACAGUUGAGAUAACUCUCCGCCAUUUUCCUAUAGUCAACAAGUGGUGUCACUAGCCAAUCAAUGUCAUCCUUUCGAAUCACUUAUUACAGGAAAUUAGUGUCGCUACGUAGCGGUGUAAUACCGAACUAUUUUUCCGAGUAUGAGUGCCCUCUAUUGGGAAAACGCCCAAGUUUGUCGUGGAAUAGUUUUCAUUUUCGACGUUAGAUGGCGCCACUGCAAUGUAAUAGGGGAAAAGAAACAUUUUCUUAGAUAAAUUUUAUUAUUAUAAUACUUGUGAUAUAACUACAAGUUUAAUACUAUAAACGUAAUAAAAUCGCAUUCGUAAUUAUUAUGAAUAUAUACCCUAGUCGUUAAAAAUAUACUGAUGGCACCAUCUAGUUCUACAAAUAGGAACUAUCUCGACGACAAACUUGGACUUUUUCCCGACAGGGGCGCUGAUCACACUACGAAAAAUAGUUCGGCAUAUCACCGCUAGAUUGCUAAUCAUUUGAGCAAAAAUACCGGCAACCCACAAGGGAAACUGUUAUAGUUUAAAAGUUUAAGAAAAAAGGCUAACACAAUUAUACAAAAAAUGCGCUCAACACUCUGGCAAGGUUAAUGUAUCGACGACUUCGAUUUAAAGGAAUUAGCUUACAAAUUAGUUUUUAUCUUUUCUGUAUUGUAAUAAACAUUAGUUUAUGCAUAUUAAUAAAUAUAGUCUACAUUUGACGCGUUUAUCAAAAUAUUUUUGCUAAUUUACAUCGCGUUUAAUAGAUGGUAAAAUAAAUAAAAAUUGAUAACUACAUAAAUUUUGAUUCAUUGUAACAUAGUAUGUAGCGCACGUGUGCGUAAUAAGGACUGAAGUUGGAAAAUUUAGAAACAAAGUAUAUAAAAUAAGUGUUGCGAUUUAAAUUCAUAGAGACGAUGGAAUGGGAAUAUCAACUAGCGUGAAAAUGUGGGUACAACAAGGGAUUUGGCCGCCGUAAACACGCUUCCGAUCGAGUGCUACAAUUUUCGUUAAUUUUGCCACGGCGGCAAGCACUCCCCUUUAGUAAAUUGUAAAUAAUUGUAAAUUAAGCACCAGGCAACGAAGUGCCAGCACGAAAGGAUGCUUUACUUGGAAGAUUAUGUCGAAAUGAUCGAGCACCUACCACAAGAAUUAAGAGACCGAUUCACAGAAAUGAGAGAAAUGGACUUAGGUGUACAAAAUUCAAUGGACAGUUUAGAAAAAAAAGUAAAAACCUUCUUCUCAAAUGCAAAGAAAAUGAAACCUAGCGAAAAAGAAGCAGAGUAUGAAGCUAUUAGAAGAGAGUAUUACAAGACUUUAGAGGAUGCGGAUGAAAAGGUGCACUUAGCUAAUCAGAUGUACGACUUAGUAGAUAGAUAUUUGAGGAGAUUAGAUCAGGAACUGCACAAAUUUAAAAUGGAACUAGAAGCAGAUAAUAAAGGUAUCACAGAAAUAUUGGAAAAGAGGUCACUGGAAUUAGAUCAACCACCUACAAAUAGUAGUCAAAAAGAGAAUCGGUAUAGUUUCACAUCAUCCAGUAGGUCACGAGACAAUCACAGUCAUUCUCGGGCAGAGAAAAGAAGAGAUUCAAAUGCAUCCUCUACUUCGAUAGAGAAACGGUUAGCUAUAGAAAAAAUUUCACCGAGUCUUCCUGAAUCGCGACCAGCUUCUGCAAAUUCAGGACCAAUUAUCGCCGCUACAAGCGUGCCAUCAACCCCUACUGCCAUUGCAAAUUCCGUUGGCUCCGUAAGUUAUAACCUCGGUCACAUAGGAGCUGGUGGAAAUGCCAUAGCAGCUGCAGCAUCCCAAGCUAUCGCUGCAACGCAGCAAAUGCAACAAGGCAGACGCACCGCUAGUUUGAAGGCCAGUUACGAGGCCAUCAACACUGGUGGCGUACACGCGGCUGAAUUUAGUAGAGAAUUAGCUGGUGCUGCUCAAACGGCUAUCGCAGCUAUACAAGAGACUACUAAAAAGCAUAAAAAAAAAGUAACGCCCGCUGUUCCAAGUUCGAGUGUAGUUGCUACCUCCGUUCAGCAACCAGUAUCACCUCCAGUCAUAACUACGAAUACACAAGUUGUGGAUUCAGAUAAUCCAGAUUGGACGUACGAUCCAAACGAGCCAAGAUAUUGUAUAUGUAAUCAAGUAUCUUAUGGAGAUAUGGUCGCGUGUGACAAUUCAGAUUGUCCAUUCGAAUGGUUUCACUAUCCAUGCGUGGGUAUCACUGCACCGCCAAAAGGCAAGUGGUACUGUCCUCAAUGUACAUCUUCUAUGAAGAGACGAGGAGGUCGGAAAAACUGAUUCUAUCGUUAUCAGUGCAAACACAAUGGAAAAAAAUUGCUACUACCUCUUAGGCACUGUCCGUCAAGUACCAACUUAGUUAGGAAGCUGUUAAUUCUGACUUUAUAUGACUUUUUAAAUGUGUUUAAAGUUUAAGUCGUAAUCUUAUCUGGUCUUGGUCUUGUCUUAUGAAAUUUGAAUUUCUGUUUCUAAGCAGAUGAAUGCAGUUCUUUUUUUUUACUGCGUUAUGUAGAUUAAAAAAAAAAGAAACAAAAGUGAGAUGGUGCAAAAAGUGAGCUUUGAACAAAUUUCGUUUUAAGAAGUUCCGCGUACAAGUACUGCAGAUAUUUUUAUAUUUUUUGCACCAUUCUGUACUACGACCACAUUAGAUAGUUUCUACGAAUUUACAUUGAAAGGUAAUCAUCGUUACCUCUGGAUACGAUACAAUCGAUUGACUGAUAUCAGAGGUAUGUUUCGACGGUGAAUUUUCGAAAUUUACGUUUCUAGUUUACGUGACGUCAGACAACUUUCGAACAAUCUUCGUGUAUUUACGUACUCCUGUUAGUUCAGACGUGCUCAGUGUCUCGCUGACGACUGUGCGAGCAAUAAUGUUUCAAGUGUUCCACGCUUUCAGGAAAGAAAAAAAUAACGAAAAAAAGCUGAUACAGACGAACCGUGAAAAUACUACUUUCGAAACGGAGUAAUGUAGCUACUUGGUGUAUAAAUAAAAUGAUCGAUGCAGAUUUA